GGUACUCAUAGCAGCUACAGUAUGCACAAAAUCAGGAAAAGCGUUGGUGUCUCGUCAAUUCGUGGAGAUGACGAAAGCACGUAUAGAGGGCUUACUAGCGGCUUUUCCAAAGCUAAUGACGGGAGGGCGACAACAUACAUUUGUUGAAACAGAAUCAGUCAGAUAUGUGUACCAGCCUUUGGACAAAUUGUAUAUGCUACUUAUCACCACAAAAGCAAGUAAUAUCCUUGAGGAUUUGGAGACACUUCGAUUGUUCAGUAGAGUGGUGCCAGAGUAUUGCGCCCAGUUGACUGAAGCCGAGGUGUUGAACCAAGCAUUCAAUCUUCUUUUUGCUUUCGAUGAAAUUGUGGCAUUGGGAUACCGGGAGAGUGUCAAUUUGGCACAGGUUCGAUCAUUUGUUGAGAUGGACUCUCAUGAGGAAAAGAUCUAUCAAGCUGUCAGACAGACACAAGAGCGCGAGGCAGCUAACCGCAUGCGAGAGCGUGCUAAGGAGUUACAGCGCGAGAGGCUGGAAGCCGCGAAGCGUGGUGCACCGCCCCGAUCACAGAUGUCGUUCGGUAGCGGUUUUGGCAGUUCCACUAUGUCAUCAGCGUCAGUUAAAGAGCCUUUGAUAGAGACACCAACCACUCCUGCAAGGGAUACCCGGCCGGUGGGUCGUUCCGCCAUGAAGUUGGGGUCACGCGGUACCGACGCGGACUCGUUCGUGUCGCGGCUCCGCUCCGAGGGCGAUGUCGCAGCGAACGCACCCGUUGCCGCCUCCGUCGCGGCCGCACACGACCCGCCCGCCAAUAUCGACCACAAGGAUGUACACUUACGAUUUGAAGAGCGUCUCAAUUUGGUGGCCGGUCGAGAUGGUGAUAUCCAAAACUUCGAGCUGUCAGGUCUGUUGACGCUGCGCAUUAGCAACGAGCAAUUCGGAAAGAUUCGCGUACACGUCGACAAUAAGGAUUCCAGGUCGCUGCAGCUACAGACCCACCCGAAUGUGGACAAGGAGGCGUUCCGUUCGUCCGGUGUUAUUGGUUUGAAGCAGAGCCAGCGACCGUUCCCUUUGCACAGUGACGUCGGUGUACUCAAGUGGCGACUCACGCACGCGGGCGACGACAAGAUGGCGCCGCUGUCAGUGAACUGUUGGCCGUCAGAGGGCGUUAACGGCGGGUGUGACGUCAACAUCGAGUACGAGUUAGAGCAGGAUCAUUUGUCUCUUUCCGACGUCAAUAUCAAUAUACCUCUACCUAGUUCCGGUAACAUAUCCCUGGUGGUGCACCAGUGGGAAGGAAGUUAUACACAGAAGGGACGCACCCUAGUGUGGUCAGUGCCGAUAGUGAACGCCCAACAGAAGACCGGCACUCUAGAAUUCACUGUAAGUCCAGCUGUUCCCAAUGACUUUUUCCCACUGAAUGUCACUUGGACUUCUGACACGUCACUGGCCAUGUUGACAGCUACGAAGGUCACGCAAGCGGAAGACGGUACACCGGUCGACUUCUCUAAGGAGAUAAGCUUCCAUGCUGACAAAUAUGAGAUCGUUUAA